GUUGACUCAAACUUCUAGAUUCAGUAUUCAUCACGAGUCUUCACAACUCGAAAAAUCUAAAUCCCACUCCCAUCAUAUCAUUUCAAUCAUGGCGACACCGAAUUUUGCUUUUGGGGGCGGCAUAUUUAUGGCCCCGGAAUUUAAGAGCAGCGAAGAUGUUCAGGAAUACCUAAGCGUCCUCGAGGAGCAUGGCAUCAAGAUCAUAGAUACAUCUGCAAUCUACGGCAAGUCCGAGCAAUUUCUUGGAGAGGCAAAGGCAGCCAGUCGCUUCACGAUCGAUACCAAAGCCCCGGGCGCCAUGAGCCCCGAGCCCUCGACCAAAGAUGUCGUGGUUGCUGCCGGGAAGAAUAGCUUGGAGAAGCUCCGCACUUCGCAGGUCGAUGUUUACUACAUCCAUGUCCCAGACACUCGUCUCCCCUUUGCGGAAACGCUGGAGGGCAUCGACGCCCUCUACAAAUCCGGAGCAUUCCGGAGGUUCGGCCUUUCAAACUUCAGCCCAGAACAGACGAAUGAAGUCCUACGGAUUUGCCGGGAACGGGGCUUUGUGCUUCCGACGGUGUACCAGGGAAACUAUAACGCCGUGGGGCGUCUGGCCGAGUCUCAGCUCUUCCCCAUCCUCCGCGAGAACAACAUCGCGUUCUACGCCUACAGCCCAAUAGCCGGAGGGUUCCUAGCCAAGACCACAGAGGGGAUUAAGGAGGGAAAGGGGCGGUGGGACCCCUCGAGCUUCCUGGGAAAACUCUCCCAAGGUCUCUAUGGCAGUCGGCCCGCCAUGCUCGGUGCCCUGGACACGUGGAACAAGAUCGCAGCAUCUGAAGGCAUCCCCGCGUCGGAGAUGGCCUUCCGCUGGGUGUUCCACAACUCGAUCCUGGACGGGUCCAAGGGCGACGCGGUCAUUGUCGGGGCGUCCAGCCCGGAGCAGCUGAGGAAGACAGUUGCGGCCGUCCGCAAGGGGCCUCUGAGCUCGGCGGUCCAGGGGCAGAUCCAGGAGAUGUGGGAGGGCAUGAAGCAUGAGGCGUUCCUGGACAACAUUAGUGGGCAGUCUGAGGAGCUCAUGAAGGAGUUGGGGGAUAUGAUAAAGCAAAGUAAACAAUCGUGA